UUUUUUUUUUUAAUUUUUAUUUUAAUUCAUUUUGGAUUAAGUAGUUUGCUUUUAUUUUUAUAUUCGAAUAAUACCUUUAGGUCUCCUUCGUAUCUUAAGAUGCCAAUGAUGCUUGUUUGAGUCGAAGCACAGAGGUUGUUUAAUGGAAGAAGGCCAAAGUCUUGAUCCCUACAAGCACCUCAAGGUAGUUCUCAAUCACGAUGGCACCUUCACGCGCCUGCGCGUGGACCCACCCAUAUCACCGGCGUCAGAUCCUAACCUUCCGAUUUCUGUCCUGACCAAAGAUAUCACGAUCAGCCAAGAACUUAACGUCUAUGUUAGAAUCUUCUUGCCUCGGAAAGCACUGGAUAAUCCCUCUCCGAAGCUACCUCUGAUCUUAUACUUCCAUGGUGGUGGAUUCAUCUUAUUCAGUGCAGCCUCAUCGAUGUUUCAUGACUUCUGCAUAAACAUGGCCGACGAUGUCCACGUCAUUGUUGCAUCCUUGGAGUAUCGUCUUGCUCCGGAGCACCGGUUGCCGGCGGCGUACGAGGAUGCCAUGCAAGCGUUGCACUGGAUCCAAACCAACCAAGAUGACUGGCUCUCGCAAUACGCCGACUACUCAUGUUGUUUCCUCAUGGGCAAUAGCGCGGGGGCAAAUAUAGCGUACCACGCGGGUCUACGUGCAGCGGCGGAACCGGACCGUUUGCAACCGUUGAAGAUCAGAGGGAUGAUAUUGGUGCAGCCAUUUGUGGGUGGGAUGCAGAGGUGUGGUUCGGAAUUGAGGCUGGUGAAUGAUCCGGUGUUGCCGCUGUGCGUGAGUGACUUGAUGUGGGAGUUGUCGUUGCCCGUUGGAUCGGACCGUGAUCAUGAGUAUUGCAGUCCAACGGUUGGGAGAGAAGAUGAUGAUCAGAAGAUGAAGGUGGGGAAGAUGAGGUUGCUUGGGUGGAGAGUGAUGGUGAUUGGGUGUGAGGGGGACCCACUGGUGGAUCGUCAGAGAGAGAUGGUGACGUGGAUGGAGGAAAAUGGAGUGAGAGUGGACGGUAGUUUUGAACCAGGGUUUAAUCACGGGGUUGAACUGCGCAGUCCUCUUAAACAAAAAGAGCUCUUUUCAAAGAUCAAGACUUUUGUUUGUUCUUUACUAUCUUCUGCUAAGACAAAUUGAAUUUAGAUAAUAUGAAUCGUUUCCAAUUCAAUGAUCUUGUGUAUUCUUUUCUAUUACAUCAAUCAAUUGCCUUUAUACUUAUUGUCA